AUGUCUCAAUAAAGAAAUACAUUUUGUCCACAUCAUAAUGAAGAAUUCCUUGCCAUUGAAAAAACAGAGUCAGAUAAAUAAGAAAAAAAAUUAUGUUUACGAUGCUUAGCCAAUGGGUAUAAAGGGAAUGUUGUUAUUAUUGAUAAAUAAAUUUAAAAUGUCUAGAUCAUGAAAACUCAACUUAUUUAAUCAAGAUAAGAAUAGAUAAAAAUCAAUAUAGACUAAUUAGAAGAUUUGAUAAAAAAUAUUGCUACACUCAAAUAGUUCUAUGAUGAUGAAAUAAAUAAAAUUUCUACAUGUGUGGAAGAAUGGAUAAAGAAAUUAAAAAAUAUGAAGGAUUUAUUUGAAGAAAAUAUUAAUAAACAAGAAGUGAAUGAUUUGUAAGAAUUUUUAAAUUCUAUAAAUUAAUUUCAAAGUACACAAAUUAAGGAAUUAUCAUAAUCUAAAAUUGAUAUUAAUAAAUUAUUAUAAUAGCUAAAGGAACCAGAUAUAUUAUAAGCAUGUGAUUAAAUUUUAAUAAAUUUACAAUCAUUUCCUUAUUUAUUUCAGGAGGUAAUGGUGGAAAAAGAAUCAGAAAAAAACAAAAAAGUGGUAAAAUUUUAUUUAUUAAUUUAGAAAUUAAAUAUAUUUUGUAAAGAACAUCAAAAAAACAGAAUAAAAUUUUUUGAUUUGCGGUCAGAGAAAAUAAGUUCUAGGAGUUUAGCUUGUGAUUAAUGUUUUGAUGAUUAUCCUUCAUAAACUUAUAAAAGUGUUAAAUUUGCUCGUAAAUAAUGGAAUAAUAUUGUAAAAGAACAGCAAAAGAGUAUGUAAAAUAAUUUAUUAAAUGUGAACAAAACAGUUUAUGUUAUGAAUCAAGAAAUGAAAUAGAUAUAAAACUCUAUAAAGAAAUCUUAUGAGAAAUAUUAUUAGAAGUAUAUUACUAAUUAUAAUUAAUAUGAAUUAAAUGUUGAAAAAAUGAAAUAAGAAAUGAAUAUACCAUGGGAAUUGUUAAAAGAAGAUAAAUUGCUAAAAAUAGUUGAAGAUAUGAAUAAGAGUACAAAUUCUGAUGAUCCCCUUCUAGUUUAGUAUACUGAAUAAAAUGAUUUAGUAAAUCAAUUAAUGAUAGAUAAUUUUCUGUCUUUGUAAGAAUGUACAUUUAAUUAAAUUAAGAAAUUUAAUCCACUCAUAUAGAAUUAAAUAUUUGAAUAAAUGAAAAAAUAAUAAAAAUAAAAUCAAUCAAAUCAUAAUUUAAUUGAGGAAAUUAAAGAUGAAUAAAAUAUAAGAAAAAUUACUAAAAAAAAUUUUACAUAUCAUCUCAUAAAAGAAAGUUCAAUCAAAGAAUAGUAAUAAUGUAAUGCAAUGGCUUUUAAUAAGGAUUGUUCAAUAGUAUUGGUUGGAUGUAAUUAAUAAAUACAAGUAUUUGAAUUUAAAUAGGGAAUGAUGAAAUAAAUUUAAAUCCUUAAAGAACAUGAAAAUAAUGUCAUCACUUUAAAUUUUAUGAAAAAGUCUAAUUAAUUUAUCUCUGGAAGUGAAAAAGAUGGAUGGAUUAUAAUUUGGUCACUGAAUUCAAUUAAUAAUUAAUGGAUUUUAUAAUAAAAACUAAAAAAACAUUCAGUAGGAAUAAUAUGUUUAGUAUUGAAUGAAAAUGAAGAUCUAUUUGUAUCAGGUGGCUUUGAUAACAAAAUAAUAUUUUGGGGCAAAAAGAAUUAAUGGAUAUUGGAAUAAACAUUAGACCAAAAAUAAAGAUUAUAUGCACUAAGCAUAAAUGAAGAAUAAAGUAGAUUGAUUAUAUGUUCUUUCGAGACUGAAAUAUUUAUAUUGGAAUUUUAAUAAUAAAAAUGGAUUAUUUAAUAGAAGAUACUAGUCUAAUAAAAAGCGAUUAGAAUUAGCUUCAUUUCUAAUAAUUUAUUCACAGUCUAAUCAUUCUAAAAUGAUUUAUUGGAUAUAUAUGAAAUGGAAAAUUAAUUGGGAUAUAUUAAUACUAGAGGAAUUAUAAUUAUGCGUGGUUGUGGUUAAGAAGAAGAAUGUCUAUUUUUUCCUUCAUAAUAUAUUAAGUCAAAAAAUUUGCUUGUAAUUAAGAAUUGCUAAUAUAUAAAUUUAAUCAAAAUUAAAGAAAAUAGAGAGUUUCUAGUUGAGAAUUCUAUUUAGUAUCAAACUAGUAAGCUAUACGGAUCUAUAAGUGAUGAUGGGGAAUAUCUUAUAACCUGGGAUCAAGUAUCAAAAGAAAUACAAAUUAGAAAAUUGUAAGAAUCAUGA